GACACAAAUAAAAAGCGCCCUCCUGUGAUUUGUUUUUAGCUUAGCUGGGUCACACGAGUGAAAUUGUAACCGAGGGGAAAAAAAGAGAAAAGUUAAAGCUUCUUUUCUGUAAACCAUCUCGCAAACGUCUUGCACCUCCCCAUCUCGCGAGUUACGGUCUGGCGUUGUCUCGCUAUGCCAGUGCACCGUGACCGGGAGAAGAAGGAGAGCACAGCGGAGGAGAUGGAGGUGGAGGAGCACGAGCAAGAGGCGUCCAGCUCAGAGGAGGAGGAUUCUGACACCUCAUCUGUCUCCGAAGAUGGAGACAGCUCUGAAAUGGACGAGGAGGACUGUGAGCGGAGGAGGACGGAGUGUCUUGAUGAAAUGUCCAACCUGGAGAAACAGUUCACAGAUCUCAAAGACCAGUUGUAUCACGAGCGUCUCAGUCAGGUGAACAGCAAGUUGGGAGAGGUGGAGGCCGGCCGGGCGGCAGAAUAUCUGGAGCCCCUGGCCGUGCUGCUGGAGAACAUGCAGGUCCGCACCAAGGUGGCAGGCAUCUACAGAGAGCUGUGUCUGGAAUCUGUGAAGAACAAGUAUGAGUGUGAGAUCCAGGCGGCCUGCCAGCACUGGGAGAGCGAGAAGCUGCUGCUGUUCGACACGGUACAGAGUGAACUGGAGGAGAAAAUCCGAAGACUGGAGGAAGACCGACACAGCAUCGACAUCACAUCAGAGUUGUGGAACGACGAGUUAUCGGGGAGGAAGAAGAGAAGGGACGCUCUCAGUCCGGACAAGAAGAGGAGGCGGCCUUCGGUGGUGUCCGGCCCAUAUAUCGUCUACAUGCUGCCCGACUUGGACAUCCUGGAGGACUGGACGGCUGUCAGAAAGGCCGUGGCUACGCUGGGUCCCCACAGAGGGAAGGCCGACUCCGACAGCCCCGUGUUCCCGUUCAGACAAGACAGAAGCAGGCCCAUUCUCAACUGCUGAGGAAUACUCUCUCUCACACACACACACACACACACACAGUCGCACAACAAAGAGCGCACUCGAAACACACCAGGGCCACAACACACACAAAAACGUGCACAUGAGUCGUUCCCACAAUCCACUACACCCCGUCAGCUGAACAUCCGUCGGUAAGCGGCCUCUCCGUGCCGACACGCAAUCGGGACUCGCGGGUUUGGACCCUCUAACGGGACAACGGGAGCAUCGUAGUUGCCGGUUCGACCCGUUUCAAGACUCGUGUCUGCUGAAGCCACCGAGACUCAUUCCAGUGUUCCUUCCGUUUAAUUUCAUUGUGCGAAAUUUGUUUGUGGAGUUCUGGCGAGGCUCCAGAUCGGUGUUGUAAUAAUCCCUGGAUCGGAAUCGAGAGGCUGUUUUUCUUCAAAGUAAUUGUUAUAUUUUGGAUUGAAAAUGUUUGAAAUGAUCACCUACCAGAAUCUGGUGUUUGGUGAGAGGGCCAGUGUUUAAGCUUGAAUUUAUUCGGUGUGUUCAAACGGCUAAUUGAGUGGGAACGCAACCGAAACCUGGCUUUGAUUGAAGCAGUCAGCUUUUUUUUCUUUUUAAACAUUCAAAGUACACCAUCACCUAGAUUUGGAGCUUUUUAUUACAAAAAGAAUAAUACAUUUAACAAACACAAGUAUUUUUUUAUUUUAUUUUAAAUUGUUUGCAGUACUAUAUUCACCAACUGUCCACAUUUUUAUCAGGGGGAAAAAACUGGAGCUUUUAGACUGUUUAGUUUCAUGGAGUAUUCAAACCAGGAAGUUACACGCUCAGUGAGGGUCCAGCAGAAGUUCUGGUUUCACUGGCUCCUCCUUUUUAUGGGCUGUAAUUGUAAGUAUUGAGAUUUUUAAAAUCUCAAAUCUCUAGUGGGUUAUUGACAAAGCUUCCGUUAACAUGAGGAGUUAUUCCUCAUUAUAUAUAUAUAUAUAUAUAUAUAUAUAUAUAUAUAUAUAUAUAUAUAUAUAUAUAUAUAUAAUCUUGUGACUGUGCACAGAAAUAUUGAACAUUUUUGUAAAAAAAAGGUGUAUCCGCUCAAAUGUCUUGAACGAGACUAAUGAUUUGUUUCACGUUGAGGUGUUUUGAAUAGUUAUGUGGCGAUCAUGUGCGAGUCGUUUCCAGAGAGCCUUCCAGGAGUCUUCGUUUCCUGCGUCUGUUAAAUUAAUGGUUGCCUUCUUUCUUGAGGUACGUCUUGCAUUUUUAACCGUUACAGCGUGGCUGCAGAGGCUUAACGAUAUUUAAAUCCUCCCGACUCAUCCAAAUACAACUUAUGAUCAUCAUUUCAGGAAGUAUUGUAUUUCUACUGGACACUGACGUGUUGGGUCGUGAACUCGCCCUCCUCAAACCGCCGGUGGACUUCUGUUCAUCACCAGCUCCAUUGGUGAGCGUGAUGAGAGCCAUCGUCUAUCUAGACCAUACAGUGUUGUCGGCAUACUUUUUUUUUUUUCCUCACCAAACUCUCAUAUUCAAAAAAAACCUAUAUUUUUGCUAACAGGUGGCUAUUUUUAAUGCAGACACUCUUUAAUUACAAACACAUCACUGCAAACUGGUGUCAGCAAUGCAACCAGUCAUGCUAACCACAUGAACAAAAUCAUUUUCUAAAAUAAAAAUCAAUAACUGAGGGACAAAUGUAAUACAAACAUGACAGAAACCACGGUAUCCCCUUUUUAAAGCAGGCAUCACUGUUACGCUCUCCUUACGCAUCUACCUCCUCUUUUCUCCGUCUGUCUGCUCAUUCUUUAAAGAACAAUCCACGUUUGCAUGAUCGCUCGUGAACAUGCUCAUAUCUUCACGACCAUCCUGACGAGAGCAUCCCGCCAUUGACUUAUGGCCAUCGGUUAUUAAAGGAUGACGAGCAAGCUGCCAUGGAUUUAUAUCAUUAGCAGAACAUAAAGGAUGUCAAAUGUUCAAACCGAAACUUGUUGACCGUCUGUAUAAAUGCUGCGUCAGGUACAUUUGUGUCUCUGUUGUCGACGUGGGUGGGUUUUACAAUAAAAAGUUGUUUUAUAAACAC